AGGGAAGUAGUACCACUUGCAUUAUAGCUUAAAGGCUCAAGAAACCCAGGGAAGUAGUACUACUUGCAUUAUAGCAUAGAUUGCAAGGUACAUUUUCAUAUUUCUCAAUUUGCAACACAGGGAAUGUUUGAUUACGACCAUUUUGGAGAGUUUAGAGGUACAAUGUUAAUUAGCAAGCACACUUUUCACAUUCUAAGUUCAAGUUACACUAAUGUCCAUGGUAUUUAUUUUUUUGAACUGAGUGUAUACUGAGAUUUUAUUAGGUACUUCAGAACACAUAUCAUAAUUUAUUAGAUAAUUGAAAAUCUAAAUUGAUAAGUAUAUAGUGCUGAUUGGGAACAUUUUAUAACACUAAAAACUAGACCAGUCCAAUUUAAGCACUCUUUUUAAAUAAAAAAAAAAAUCAAGCAUUCUAUUAACUCAAAUUGAAUUGAAUCAAAAUUAAAAUUAGACCCAAAACUGCAAUGUAGCACCCUAGGCCAAUAGCAUCCAAUGUCGACUCAUCGUUUGCAAAGAAUCAAUCCGUUAAGGGUGUUUUAGAUGAUUGCCUUUAUAGGAAAGGGCCUAGUAUUUGGUUGUUUGUAGGAUCGGUUUAGUGGAUGAGGGGUUAAGCAGAUGAAGGGUUUGGGUUAUUCACCUAAUUUGUUUAUACAAUCUUACUUGAUGGGUUCUGAAAUGCAAAGAGGGUUGAUGAAGACUUUAAAGUUUUAGAGACGAUGAAGGCCAAAAAUUGAGUCCAAAUGGAGCUACAAUUCAAGCACUCAUUCAUGGGGUUUUUCGGUUGUGUCGCCUCAAGUAAGGCAUUUGAGCUUUCAAUGAGAUUUAUUGUAAGAGAGCCUGGAUCCUUGCCAGAAGUUUUGCCAUGUGGGGAGCAAAAUGGGGUAGCUGGUUUAUGAGGAUUACCAUGAGAAGUGGAGGUAUCUCUUUGAAAGAUGAAGUAGCGUUGCAUUCAAAGAUGUUCUGUUGGCUAGAUAGGCUGCCAGGGAUGUCUCAAUUUCACUUGUUUCGGGCCACAUGCUCAUGACAUUUUGGUUGAAAGUUAAAAUGGACUUGGCGUAAAUUCCUGAAGAAAAUAGCUCUGCCACUUUCCGGUUCUAAAUUGCUUGCGGCUCGGACCAAUAUUAUGCUUAUGCUUCUAUGCAUGGAUAAUUUAGGCGGCCAACUAAUUACUAAUUUCCUAACUUUCGAAAUUGAAAAGAAUUACGAUGAUGGUACAAAACCAGAAUACAAUUUUUUAUGUUUGAUUUGUAAUACUCACAGGGAAAUCCUUGUAUAGUAGAAAGUUGGUGACUUGCUCACCAACUGCUCUCUCAUUCUUACUCCACCUCAUCCACCAAAUUUGUGCCUAAGAAAUAGGGCAAACCCCCUGUUGAUUUAUUUUUAUUUUUCCAAAGAAAUUCACCAACCUUAUUUCAUUGCUUUAUUAUAGCUCAUGAAACCUUCCCUUAGUUAUAUGCAUGAGGUGCAUAUAUCACUAUUUGUAAUUCGCUUUAGAACAUUCCAUUUGUGGGACAUUUUAGAUAAAUUAAAAAUUACAAUAAAUUAAUAAUGACGUAUCUAAUGAACUUAUCAAACAACGGUUUAAUUUAUAGUUUAAAAAACUCAUUAAAUUCUUCUAUAGUAUUUUCCUACAGCCAAUAUGGGUAUUGAAUUUAAUUUGAUGGUGUUAAGCAACUAAACCAUACUAUUUUCAAGGUUGGUGACCUUGCUUUAAUUUGGCAUAUAAAAGUAGCCCAUGGUCGGCCCUUGCUCUUAUAUCAGUUAUAUUUUCUAUAAUCUUCAAAAAUGGCAUUAUCAGUCUCCAUUAGAUAUGGCCUGUUGAUUUUAGUAGUAUUUCUUUUCUGGAUCUCUAUGUUUUGCUGCAACUUAGGGAAGGCAUAUGGUGAAGAAGUGCCUCAGAAAGGCACAGGCCUUGCAGGAUAUGAUCCUUUCACUGGUGUAGGCGUUGUAGGAGAUAAGCCUCACACAGGCACAGAUGUGGUAGGAGGAGAUGUGCCUCAAACAGGCACAGGCGUUGUAGAGUAUGAUCCGGCUGGAAUUGUGGCCAAAGCCUUGCUAUGUUUUAAUGAGAAACAUUCUCAGAUUUACAGCAGCUGUGAAGAAGCCUAUCGAUUGACUGAGAGUGGAGAUAUCAAUGUGCCUCAUGAAUAUGUUGAUCAAUAUUGCAAUGGACCAUGCCUCUCAGAGGUCAAUUUGGUGCUCAAUUGCAUAGAAAACAUUAUGACACACUUUGUAUUCUACAAUAAGGCCACCAUACAGGAUAUUAAAGACACAAUCAAGGCAGGAUGCAGCUAUGGCCCUGAAAGAGGUGAUUUCAAUGUGGCAGAGCACCUUCAAGCCCAAGAAAACAGAGCAUACAUGAAUCAAAUCCAGAUUGUCUUUGGACUUGGCUUCAUGAUCACAGGGCACGCUGUAUUGCUUUAAUAUUUAUGCUGACAUAUCAAAUAUUUUGUUUUAAGACAUGGAAGAAUGUAGUUUCUUUUGCCAUUAUUAUGCAACUCUAAAAAGAAAACAAUAAUAAGACUAUAUAUACUUUUAAACUUGA